AUGGCGGCGCUAUCGCCCGCCAUGCAAGACCGCUUGUUCUUCCUCGGACUUGGUCUGGGGACAUGCGCGGUCAUCAGUCUUAUGCGCCGCGUUCUUGUCCACUAUCGAGAUGCAGCUAUCUUACCACAGUCCGAAAACAAACCCCAGUAUAUCACCCAGGAAGUGGAAGACUCAUUGAAGCUCAGUACCUUGGAUAAGCUUCUCGAUAGCCCCAAUUACUGUAUCCAGGAAACCGCCUCGAUUAUUAUCUGCGAGCGUGCGCUGCAUGACGAGUCCUCGAUCGAUGCUAUUCUUUAUUUCAUUACACGCCCGGACUAUGACACGAGAGAGAAGGCAGUCAAGACCUUGACAUAUAUGAUGAAUAGCUCAACCAUCCGCCUAAUCAAUAAGCCUGCCACGUAUGCUGCCCUCGUGAAGUCACUCGAAUACAGCCUCACGGAUUAUGAGCACAAUCCGUAUGACCUGGAAUGGGAUAACUGGCAUUUGCGCGAUACCGUGGAACAGGAAUGCCUAAUGCUCCUUGUUCCGUUAGUGGACAAGUUCGGGGUGGAUAGUCUUGUAAAAACCCGUUUUGUGGAACGCUGGUUGGCUAAAGAACCAUGGGGAAGGGAUGAAAGAGAACGCCAGAUUAAUUUCCUCGAAUCUCUGCGCACGCGGAAUCGACUCAACGAGCUUACACUGCCCCUGAUUAGGGACUUGGCUGGGCGGAGGCAGCUAUGCAAGGCGAAGCUUUUACCGCAGGACUUUGAAUGGGAGAUACCCGGUCCCAGGGAUGUCAGGAUGAUCAACGGCGAAGGAACUGCCGGGGAGGAUUUUGAUGCAAUGUUUGUCGAAGGCCGACGGCGAAGGGACCAGAGUACGGAGGAGGAGCACAUCAGGAGACGGCAUCGGGAAGCCAUGGUGUUGAAUGAUGGCACACGACCACUGGGGCGAGACGACAUCAUCCAACGCGAAACGGUAGAUUGA